UCUCUCUCAGCUCCUACACACACACAUACAGAGAGAAAGUGUGUGUGUGGAUGUGGAUGCAGAGCUGAGCUUGGUCCCUGCAUGGUCUCUCCUGCAGGCCACAGCUCAGGACACAGUGCAGAGGAUGGAUUUCUCCCACUUCACUUCACUCUGCGUGGCUCUGCUGUUCGCGUGGGAAACUCCUGGUUUUCACUCUCUUGUUAUUUCUCCUCCUGCUUCUCCUCCUGCUUCUCCUCCUGCGGCGGCUGCUGCUGCAAAGAGCAACAAGCUGGUGAAGAUCUUUGAUGGACAAGAGGCAUCCAAACAUUUCAAGGAGUUUUACGCACCGCCACCAUCAUCAUCAGUGUCCAUGAUGAGCAGAAUCAUCAAAGCGACGUCCAAAGACGCCGUGGAGCCUCACGACUACAUGCUCUCCAUUUACAAGACUUUCUCCACAGCAGAGAAACUGGGACUCAACGCCAGUUUCUUCAGAUCCUCAAAGGCUGCAAACACGAUAGUGAGUUUUGUGGACAGUGGAGAAGAUGACCUCCCACUCUCCCCUCUGAGGAGACAGCGGUAUCUGUUCGAUGUCUCAACCCUCUCCGAAAAAGCAGAGGUGCUGGGAGCCGAGCUGCGGAUAUACACCAAAGUGUCUGGGAAUUUCAGGAUAUCUGAGACGGACCCUGUCGACGUCCAGCUCCUCUCCUGCCACGACCAGCAGCUGCUCCACUCCAAGACGCUGGACCUGCAGGAUUCCCACAGGCCGAGGUGGGAGGUGCUGGACGUGUGGGAGAUUUUCAAAGAGCAGCAUCAGCACCUGAGACGUGGCGAGCCCUUCUGCCUGGAGCUCAGGGCCAUGCUGGACAACCCCGAGAGGGAGCUGGACCUGCACCUCCUGGGUCUGCACCGCCAAGGCCGUCCUCAGCAGAAGAAAGCCAUCUUAGUGGUCUUCACCAGGUCCAAGAAGAGGCAGACGCUCUUCAGCGAGAGGAGGGAGGGGAGGGCGUUGCUGGGCUUUCAGAAGAAGAGCAAAGAGCGAGGCCCCGGUGUCAAAGUCGGCAGGAGGAGGAGGACGGCGGCUGCAUCCAGAACCCGCCACGGGAAGAGGCACGGCAAGAAGUCCAAGUCCAGGUGCAGCAAGAAGCCGCUGCACGUCAACUUCAGAGACCUGGGCUGGGACGACUGGAUCAUCGCCCCGCUGGAUUACGAGGCAUACCACUGCGAGGGGGUGUGCGACUUCCCGCUGCGCUCCCACCUGGAGCCCACCAACCACGCCAUCAUCCAGACUCUGAUGAACUCCAUGAACCCCAGCAACAUGCCGCCGAGCUGCUGCGCGCCGUCCAAACUCAGCCCCAUCAGCAUCCUCUACAUCGACUCAGGAAACAACGUGGUCUACAAACAGUACGAGGACAUGGUGGUGGAGUCGUGCGGCUGCAGGUAGUGGAGCCGACACGCGGAGGGAUCUUAACGUUCACCUCGUUCCUCGUCUGGUCCAGGUUUAGUGGACUCCGUGUGGUGGGGAAGCAGCAGAACUCACUUGGUUUGUGUUGCAAGAUGGAGACUGGAAACCAUGCACCUGACGCAGUAAUACCUCACACAUUUGUGCUCUUGCUUUCUCUGUGCGUUCCUGUUGCACAGAAGCUCAUUCAGUUGCCUUAAAUUCCUCAGUGCCUGCAAAUUCAUCAAGAAAUGACAGCUCGGUGCCACGAAAACAGUAAAACUACCCUUAUAAAGUAUGUGGAAAUGGUCUGUAGUUAGUUGUAAAAGUCAUAUUCUAACACCCACGAACCAGACUGAGUCACGGUGACUCACUGUCUUUGUAAACUGCUAACUCUCCUGCACCAAAGUCCCUUGAAAAAACAAAUCAAGGUUUUUAUCUCCCAAGGUUCCUGCUGCUUCCUUUGGUAACUUUGUGUCACUGAGGUCAAUCCAAACAAUGGGAUUAUUUUAAUGACGGAGUCCCAAAAUAAGGUGUUUUAAGUUAGUGGUGAAAACAGCAGUGGAUCAACAACUCCUGUGUGCUAACAAUUUUCUCUAUGGACUUUGGUGUGGGAAGGUCAGAGUUUUAUAAAACAAAACUUUUACUUUCCAGUCUAAAAAUACUUUCUAACCACAGGUAAAAAUGCUAUUUUCACAGGUGUGAAUUUGACGAGGUGAUCCUUUUGUAAAAUCAGCUUUUCCUUGUGUCCCCCAGUGUUUGAGGGCCUCAUACAACUUCAUACACCUGAACUAUCCCUUUAAUAUCUUAUAAAUAGUGUUAUAACACAUUCUAUAAUAUGAGCAUGAGUGAGCCAAACAAUAAGUGUGUGUGUUGCUCUAUUAAUAGUCAUUAAUACUCCUUUUUUUUUAAUUAUUAUUAUUAGUUACCCUUUAAUUUAUGAAUAGAAACUAAUUGGCGCGAUUAAAGGUAGGAUAUACAACACACAUCAUUUAAUAAUUUAAAGCACAAUUUAUUUUAAUUUUUGAUCAAGACAUGAAAUUAUUUCCAUAAUCCUACCAAGUAUCUCCUGCCAAAUACUGAGACUCUAUAACUGUUUUAAUUUGUCUAUAAUAGGCAAAUUAUGCAUUGUUAAACUUACUGUAAAGUAGUAACAAGUGGGCGAUUUACAAUAGAGAUAUUAAUCCUCUGACACACUUGCAGUAUAAUCUAAUAUUUGAAAUUAAGAUUAUGGUUUUUACACAGUUCCCUGUCACUAUUGUGCACAUUAGUGCCGUGUUAAAACCUUCAAGGACAUCCAGUACGAUGAAAAAGAAUUGAUAUGAGGCAGAACUUACUUUAUUAAGUAAAUAUGACCAAAAACCUUAGAAAAAUGUGGAAUCUCCUCAUCUUCAAAGCAGCUCGGAAAACCCUUAGAAUAAAUAAAUCCAGAUUCAUCACAAUAAAAACUCCAAGGCUUUAAUGUUUAACAUCCAAUGACUCGGCGAAUUUACGCAUUUCUUACGUAGAACGGAAUAAUGAAGUUCAGAUAAACAGCCGUUUCCCCUCAGCGGACGUUUCAAACCCACUUUUGUUUUUGAAAGAAAGGUUUUUAUUUUCUCUCAAAAGCACCUGACGUCGUCUUGUGACUCGUGCAAAACACUGUGGAUGAAACAUUUCCACCACGACCCACAGCGGGGUUUCUCAGACGCUGCCCCUGUCAGCUCUCAUUGAGGAGAUGCAUAAUUUUGUCUGUAAUGCACUGAUGUUCAAAGGUACCAUGUGUAAAUAUUUGAUAUGGGAAAGAAAAGAAAAGAGAGAGAAAAAAAAAGUCUAAUUUAUGAUCUAUGAGUAAGUUAUUGCUUUUUUACUGUCCGCUUUGUUCCGUUACGGCUUCCAGAUGCCAUGAGUCACACAUCUGGAUGUUCAGGUUCAGAUAAACACAUGUGGGUAAUGUUUUUGUAACCAAACGUGACAGCUACAGUGCGUUGUGCUCACAGACUGUGAAAUAUUACAGCGUUAUCAGUGUUAUUGAUGUAUAUAAUGACAGUAAAUAAUCACAAUUGUUUUGUUUUUUUGUUGUUGUUUUUUUAGGUUGUGGCACAUUUUUUUUUUAGCCCCCUUUUUGUUUUGUGUUUUUUUUUUGCUUUAUUUACUGUAAUCUGAAAAAAACAAAAUAAUAAUAUAUUACACGGAUCAACACGGAAAAAAAGAUGGAUGAAUAACACAGUGUGUUUCAGAUUUUAUUUGCUAACCAGUGUCAUCAAUGACAACGUGACUCCAGUAGUUAUACAUGUACAGAGUAAAUUAAUCAUUUAAAAUUGUUUAACCGAAAUAAUCUAUUCUCAUAAACUGUAUAAAUUGUAAAGAAAAACAAAUAUAUAGAAUACGUGACAAAUUAAAAAUGA